GAUGGACUCAUUAAAAUGCAUUGACCCUUACCUUACCUUACCUUAACUUUAUGUACUUUGUAUUAAUCAUUGAUUAGACCCAGUCCCUUGCAAAAAGGGGCUGAACUUGAACUACUGCUGUAUUUUCACCCCAUACCAGCUUUGGUUAUAGACAGUGUUUGUACCUUAAACAGCAGCCUGGUAUAGAUGUGUAGAACCACUGUGUUUAGAAGGCAAGCUGCUCUGGAUUAAGGGAUAUAAGAGGGGGAACAAGACCAAACAGCAUCAUAUUUACUACCACUGCAGGCUUCAUAUCAGCUCAUUUCUGUAAAAAAGAAGUCGAGGAGCUGAUUAAACCUAACCUGUCUAAUUACAAGAAGAGCAGCUCAAAACCACAAUCAGGAGUAGAGUGAGUCAUUUUUGGGCAUGGCACUGUGUCGAGUCAGGUGGAGGCGUUUCUUGGGGCCCAAUGUGUACCCAGAAGCCCCUGAUGGAGGCUGGGGAUGGGUGGUUGCCGUGGCAUUCUUUUUGGUGGAGGUUUUCACUUAUGGUACCAUCAAGAUCUUUGGCAUCUUCCUCCAGGACCUGAUGGCGCAGUUCGGAGAGACCAACAGUCGGGUCUCCUGGAUCGUUUCCAUCUGUGUGUUUGUCAUGACUUUCAAUGCUCCUCUCUCCUCUGUGAUGACGAACCGCUUUGGCUUCCAACCAGUUGUUAUGAUUGGAGGUUUUCUUAUUGCCACUGGUACCAUAGCAACCAGUUUCACCAGCUCUGUCGGUCAAAUGUACAUCACCUAUGGAUUAGUUGCAGGUCUGGGCUACUGUCUGACCUUCCUGCCCACUGUGACCAUCCUCUCACAGUACUUCAGUCGGCGGCGGUCGCUGGUCACAGCUGUGGCUUCCACUGGAGAGUCGCUGGCCAUGUUUGCACUAGCGCCAGCCUUUUCUGCAUUAAGGGACCGUAUUGGCUGGCGGCACACCAUGGCAACGAUAGGAGCUUUGCAAAGCACCAUCAUCAUCUGUGGCGCUAUGCUUCGGCCAAUCGUUAUCAAACCCAGAUCGACCCACGAGUCAGAGACUGGCGGGUUGUCCCCAAAGGAACUGGAAGUCCUCAGCGCACCAGAAAAUGUAGAGGGGGCAAACCCAGAGGACUCUAUAAUAAACAAUAUCUCACAUGCACAAAAUACCUCCCACAGUCUGGACAGUGAGCUAACCAGAGGCUCUGUGAGCACUGGAGACUCUGGCAUCCUGUCUCUAAAGGACACAGCCGACAGCAGCACAGAGGAGAAGACUUUACUGGACACAGAAGCAAGAGCAUCUGUGGAAAAGAGCGAGGCAGACAUGAGAGAAUCAGAAACAGAGGAGAAAAAGACACAAGAUUCAGAGAAACAAGUGAUAAAAGGUGAAGGAAAGCCAUCUGCAAAGAAUUCAAAACUUCUAGACUUCUCCAUCCUCAGAGAGUGCCGCUUCAUAUUAUACUCUAUGUUUGGGCUGUUCGCCACACUCGGCUUCUUCGCCCCUCAACUCUACAUCAUCGAGUUGAGCGUGACUCGAGGCGUGGAGCGGGACCGCGCCAGCUACAUGCUCUCCACCAUGGCCGUGGCGGAAAUCUUCGGACGAUUCUCCAUCGGGUGGAUCCUGACGCGGGAGCCGUUCAGGAGGAGGAAGCUGCUCGUGCUUCUGGCUUGUGUCGUUACAAUGACCGCAGAUCUAGUUGGAUUCACUUUGGUGAGAGAGUUCUACGGCCUGGCUGUGUGCUGCGCUUUCUACGGGUUCUUUAUGGGAACCUUAGCGUGCACGCACAUCCCCAUGCUGGCAGAGGAUGACGUGGUGGGCAUAGAAAGGAUGUCUUCAGCUGCUGGUGUCUAUGUGUUCAUACAGAGCUUUGCUGGGCUGGCUGGACCCCCACUUGGAGGUGUGCUGGUGGAUUUGACUCAGAACUACGGAGCAGCCUUCUACUCCUGUGCAGCCGGCAUGGCCCUUAGUGCUGUGUUCCUGGCUUUGGUGAUACCUGCUAAGAGAGGAUUAUUCUGUUGGAGAAGACACUCAAAAGGCCCUGAAGAAGUACACGAAAAGGAAGGGGACUCAGAGAAACAAAGCACGGUGCAAAACUUGGAGACAAGAACUGACAGUCCUCAGGAUAGCUCUGGAGUAGAGGACCAGGAGGAGGCCACAAGAGACAACAAGGAGGUUAUACGGUUUGCACGAGGGUAAAAUUCUGUUUAAAGACUACAGGGCCAGUCUUUAAUUAAACCACUAGUGCCAAUGUGCUUGUUUGGUACCGGACGAUUGUUUGGCCUCCGAUAUUUCUGCUCAUAGCUUUCACUAGAACAACUUCACACUCAACACUAGAUUUCCUUGGGUCACCUGCCAUGACAAAACCGCAUCCCAUUGCAAAGCUCGAGUAUAUGUGCCAUUUGCUAACAGCCUGGGAUCUUCUAUGAAUUAUGAUUUUUCAGGAGAACUGAUUUCUUGCUAGGUGUUGCUUUUGCACUUGAUCUGUUAUCUUGAACAUAACUGGAAAGAAGUGAACCACUGUCAUAACCCUUAAAACCCAGGGUUUACCUCAUAGUACUGUCCUCUGAGCGCACAAUAUUAUGUACCAAGAAGUGUUUUUCACAAGUCAAUGCUCUUAAUAUUAAAGUGUUUACUUUCAAAUCAGCUUUAAGGGAAUAAAGCUUUAGAUGUAACAUUAAACAGAAAAUGCUGGGAGAUAUGGCUGGAAGUGUAUGAAUCUAUUCAAAAUUGACCAUGAAUGACGCAGUUUAAGAUCUUCCUUAAUCGAGAUUUAACACUAAUACUUGAUGCUAACUAAUUACCUGCUGCAGUGAAUACCAUAAUUAUUGCCUGAAAACGGUUACACAGAUGUAGCUGUAAGAACAAUAUACGCACAAAUUCUGUAACACGUUAUAGUAAAUACAUUAAGCUCAGGAGAUGUGAUUAAAUGUGUUUAUUUUAAUCAAAC